GGAGAGAGCGAGAGGGAGAGAAUGAAAGAGUUGAGGAACAACGGCAAACAGGAAGUGGAGACCUUCCAACACAACGUUUCCUCAGUUUCCUGCAGGCUCUGACAGAUAAGGAACGCUGUCUAAUUUUACAUUUCCCCCCUAAAUAGUACCAUCUGUCCCCAUGCUUACGUCUCAUACUCAGAACUGACAGGCAGAAAAAGUCCAGAUGAACUUUAUCAAAAAGGAAAAGGAAAAUGGAUGCAGACAAUCUAUUUCAAUCGAUUUCAGUUUUUUUAAGCGCAUAUGCUUGUCAAAAUAUUCGUUUAAGAGAGGGAUAGAGAAAGUAGGAAAUAUACAGCCUAUAAUCUCAGUUAAUCAAUGGUGUUCCCCCCUAAAUACAAGAAGGCAGACAUGCACAUUAAAGUGAAACUUUUACUCACAAGUAUCAGACAGCAGAGCAUGAGCAUGUUCCAGUUGAUAGGAUCAGGGUUGGCCCUCCCAACUCAACUUAUAUAACCGGGAGAGACAAAACCAAAGUUGUACUAGCUGAAAGGCCAACAUUGUAACAACAUUGCCACCUACAGACAUGGCACUUUAUAUUACCAUGUAACAUGUCUGUAAUUACAUUGAAAGCGCAUCAUAUUCAUAGUCGGCUUCCAUAAGGCUCUUUUGUUAUUUGUGUGAGGGGGUAAUGAGAAAGGUUAAUUUAGCCUCUAAAAGGUUUUACCGACUGAACCCAAGUCCCAAUAUAUAUCAAUAACUUUACAACAGCAUCGUGCUAUUACAAUUGUUAGAAUGCUAAUUUAUUUAUCUUCAAAUUCCCAGUGGCCGAUCAUUUUGUUUCUGUAGCAGUCACAUGAAUGGGGGAUGCGCUGCUAUGCAAAACCCAUCUGUGAAGAGUGAUUUGCAACUGAUUGAAGCGGUCGAAAGCCGGUACCUCAUUGGUCGUCAUUGUUCUUUUAAACCGAAGGUGAUAGAAUUUGGCUGAAUGAGUCAGUGUACCAUGUGCGCUCUGGUGUCCUGCAGUUGGUCUGCGGAGCCUGCUCGUGCUUCUACUUCAUGAAAGAUGAGCCAGGAGUAUAUUUUCUAAAUGCGAAAAUGCCUCUUGGCAGUAGGCCUGCUAAGCACCGGAUGCAUGUCGCUCACGAGAAGAACAGUGAACACGCAAUUAGCUGUAUGUUGAUUGGAGACGGCGCCGUGGGGAAAACGAGUAUGAUCACGAGUUACAUCUCCAACGGUUAUCCAAAUGACUAUCAACAGACGGCUUUUGAUGUUUUUACGGGGCUGGUUCACGUUGAUGGGAUUCCAUUUAGAAUCCAGUUGUUGGACACAGCUGGACAGGACGAGUUUGAUAAUUUUCGGUCCAUGUGGUACGGGCGAGUAGACGUCUUCAUCCUGUGCUUCAGUGUUGUCAACCCAGUGUCAUUCCACAACAUCGCCACAAAAUGGAUCCCCCAAGUCCGUGCCUUAAAUCCUACUUGUCCAAUCGUUUUGGUAGGAACACAGUCUGACCUUAGAUACAAUGUCAAUAUUCUCAUAGAUCUGGAUCAGAUGAGGGUAAAACCUGUGGUUCGCUCACAGGCUGAGUCGCUGGCCGAGAAGAUAAGCGCGCAGGGAUAUGUAGAAUGUUCAGCACUGACCCAAAAGAACCUCAAAGAGGCAUUCGACUCAGCCAUAUGUGCCGCUCUAAAGCACCAGGCUUGUAAAAAAGCUCAUAAAUUAAAACUCCUGGACCAGGCUAAGACUUUCUCAGGUGUUGGAUGGAAGAAGUUGUUCUGCUUCAUCUGAUUGGUCAUGCAUUAUCCAGAAACACUCAUGAACUAUCAGUGGGAUUCUGUUGAAGAAAUGUGUUGAUUUGUGCCACAAACAUGAGGGAGUUAAUUUAAUGAAGAUUCCCUCAGAUUAUGGAGCUGUUGAUAAACCUCAGCUCAGGGCUUGAUGAAUAUUUAGGGAGUCCCUCCCCCACUGACAACCUCUCACUAAAUUAAUCAUGGCAAGACUUUAGUAUUCACACAAUCUAUUUAGACAUCCUUAUUUGAAAGGUGUCAUAGCUCACUACCAGGGAACAUGUAAACACUAUGCAAGGCCUAACCCUCUAUGCAAAGCAAAUAUCAAUCUUCAAUCCAUCAAACUCCUCAUGUGUUUAUAUUAAAUCUCAUGGUUUUACUCUGGUCUUUGUAAUUAGCAAUGUUUAGAAACUGUAUAUAUGCAGUCAUAUUUGCCUCUUGUAGAGGUCUUACAUUUUGUGUUGUCAUUUUUGGUCAAAUGCCCUCAUGUUAAUAUUUGACACAAUUACAACAUGUCUCAUGUCAAAUAGAGAGAUUAAUAAAU